UACGAAUAUAUUAAAAACUCAACGACACAACGCGACAUAGAGGACGAAAAUACGAAAUUUGACUAAUUUUUAAACUACUCGUCCGACUCCCAGUCGAAGUCCGAGGAGUGGGUGCUCGGAGUCGUCUCCGACACCGGCGUCGUCGUCCACUCAAAGGAGGAGGAGGAGAGGACGAUGGUGGACGGCCCUGCGCUGUUCUUCUUUUGCUCGUCGAUGGCCUGUUUGGACUUUUUCUUAAUUUCAAUUUGCCCUUCUAGAAGCCCAUACUGGAGAAGUGCGAGUAUCGAUUUGCUCCCGAAUGCCUACUAGUCUCAAACUCUAAUUGAUUUAAUUAAAUCUGUCUGAAUGUUUUUUUCUGUGUGUAAUGUAAUUAAAUAAAAAUAAUAAUUAGGUUAUGUCCACACUUCAAAUUGUACUGGCUAGUCUCAGACUCCAUUGUUUAGUUCCUGGGCCCGGUGACAGCUGACAUGCAUAGACAUAAUAUAUAGAUAGUAGAGGCCGAGAGGACAAUUUUAGGGGACCUCCUCUUACUCUUUCUUGAUGAGUUGUGAGUCACCUGAGUGCUAACUCGGGUUGAAGGAUCGAUCCCCAACUAUCUGUAAUGACAAAUAACUCUUUUGUGUGCACUUUUCUUUCUUGAUCACUAUUUGCUACUCUUGAUUCUUAAACAUCUCAUGUUUUAUUGAAUUUUGAUUAACGUGUUACUGACAUCAUUUAGCACGCGAUCUGCAGAUAGCAAGCAUGAACAGGGGCCAACCUGGAUACUCCAUGGUAGACGACAAGCACCAGGAGCACCGGAUCUCCGCUUCCCUACGCUGCCCCAGCUGUGGCCAUGAGCUGGAAUGCACACCGGACAUGGCUGGGUUUCCUGCCGGCAUCAAGUUCGAUCCGACGGACCAGGAACUGAUCGAGCACCUGGAGUCCAAGGUGAUGGAUGGAGGCUCCAGGGCUCACCCUCUCAUAGAUGACUUCAUACCCACCUUACACGGAAAAGAUGGCAUUUGCUACGCCUUCUCGGCCCUCGCCGCCUUCCUCGCCGCGGAGUCGGCGCGGCGCUUGUCGCGGCUGGCUUUCUCCUCCUUCUCCUCCUUCUCCUCCUCCUUCUGCGUGUAG